AUGUUCAUGGAAAGAUCUUCGCUUCUCAAUCCAGUCAUUAGGAUCACUGCAAAGGCUUCGCUCUCGGAAGAAUCUUAUCACCUCAAGGUCAGUAGGAUCUGCCAGUCGCCAUCUGUGGACCGCGGAGUGUCUCUAGUAUCCGUACUGAUGGUCACAGUCUUUCUCGACUUGGUGCUCAACAAGAAUAUGCCUGAGAUGGAAAUAGCUGCGCUCGAAAAAGCUCGGAUUGAGCGAGUCGCCGCCAUCGAAGCUGCGUCUCGGACCCCGGCAAACAAGUUCACCUCGCUCAAUGCGCCCAAUACAGGACUAGUCGACCUUCUCAAAUCAGGCGGACUGAGCGACUUCAAGAUCUGUUGCGGCGAGAGAGUCUUCCAAGUCCAUCGUUCUCAGAUCUACGCUCGAUCCGACUAUUUCAAAUCGAUCAUCGAUGGCGGCUUCCAAGAGAGCGCGGAGAGUUCUGUCACUCUUGAAGACACGACCCCUCUCGCAGUCGCAACGCUUCUGUUGAUCAUGUAUGCCGGUCAGCCCGGGCUGUACCUCGACGAAGUCUACAAGGUGUGGCCCGACCUGAAGCCCGAGGCCAGCAGCACGGACUCGCAAGACAGCAAGGACGCGACCCAAGAGCACUUCAGUGCGGAGCUGCGGAAUCUUGUGGACGUCUAUAUCCUCGCCGAUAGGCUUAUGAUCAACGACUUCCAAGGUGCACUGGCUAAACACAUCGUCAAUCACAUUGAUUACGAUUACUUCGUUACUGGAGAAGAGGUGCUGGAGACCCAUACCGCACCCUUACUAGAGUACAUCUUCAGCAACACGGCUACAGAGCAUACGCUACUCAGACAGGAGGUAACGGUUCUAUGCAUGCGUAAACGCUUUCACAUCUCGGAAUCUCUUGGCAACGUUCUUGAAAGCCACGAUCCUUAUGGCUGGCGUCUCAGCGGUCGGAUCUGCGCCAUGGUAAAGGAACAGCACCACAUGUUUGUAACAGAAGAUUGGGAAGACGCCUGGAAGAGAAGCGGCUGGCCUGAUGCUGCGAACUUUAGACAUGACUGGUCACGAUUUCUCGACACAACACUUUGGAAGUCGUUUGGUAUGGAAGAACAGUCAUAG